AUGGAGUACCCGUGUUUUGUGCAAGACUUGUUUGUGUGGACACAGAAAGUUUCUGUCGCAAGUGUGGAUAUUGAGUCCAACCAUUACAAUGGUAUUACACCGUUUAUAAACGUGCUUAGUCGCUGGGUUGUAUGUACAGUACACAGAUGUGGCAGGUUGACUUGGUGGUGUGGUGGGUUGACUUGGUGGUGUGGCGUUUUGACUUGGUGGUGUGGCGGGUUGACUUGGUGGUGUCGUGGGUUGACUUGGUGGUGUGGUGGGUUGACUUGGUCGUGUGGCGGGUUGACUUGGUGGUGUGGCGGGUUGACUUGGUGGUGUGGCGGGUUGACUUGGGGGUGUGGCAGGUUGACUUGGUGGUGUGGCGGUUUGACUUGGUGGUGUGGCGGGUUGACUUGGUGGUGUGGCGGGUUGACCUGGGGGUGUGGCAGGUUGACUUGGUGUUGUGGCAGGUUGACUUGGUAG